AUGGCGAACGCGGAUGUGCUCAAAGUCUCUAUCCUUGGAAAGGAAUCAAUCCACUGUGGUUUCCACUUGAUACCAUACAUCGCACAAACUGUCCUAUCCAAUCUACCCUCUUCAACCUAUGUCCUCGUAACCGACACCAACGUCGCAAACUUCCAUCUCACCGCCUUCGAAAAGGAGUUUGAACAGAGAAUCUCAAGUCUGCCUACAUCCUCUACGAAGCCGAGAUUCCUCAGCCUUGUCAUUCCACCUGGGGAGACGUCAAAAAGCCGUGAAGGAAAAGCCAAUAUUGAAGAUUUCCUCCUCCUCCAUAGAUGUACCCGGGAUAGCGUGAUUCUCGCCCUCGGUGGUGGGGUGAUUGGGGAUCUUGUUGGAUUCGUCGCAGCAACCUUCAUGCGAGGAGUUCGAUUCGUUCAGAUCCCAACUACCUUACUCGCCAUGGUCGAUUCGAGUGUUGGUGGGAAGACGGCCAUAGAUACACCGCAUGGGAAAAAUCUUAUUGGUGCCUUUUGGCAACCGGAAUAUAUUUUCAUUGAUGCGGCUUUCUUGGAGACCCUGCCUUCCCGGGAGUUUUCGAAUGGGAUGGCGGAGGUGGUCAAGACUGCCGCCAUAUGGAACGAAGCAGAAUUCAUCUCUCUCGAAUCCCGCUCAGCCGAUAUCUUUGCUGCUAUUCAAACGCCGUCUGCUGAUUAUGCAGGCCGUUCUAAGCAGACGCGGUCUAUUGCUCAAGAGCUUCUUCUCUCCGUCAUCGUCGGGUCAAUAUCCGUCAAAGCCCACAUCGUGACCAUCGACGAAAGGGAGACAGGUUUGCGCAACCUCGUUAACUUUGGGCAUACGAUUGGGCAUGCUAUCGAAGCCGUGCUGACUCCCACCAUUUUGCACGGAGAGUGCGUAAGCGUCGGCAUGAUUCUUGAAGGCGAAAUUUCCCGCCAGAUGGGUAUACUGUCUCAAGUUGGCGUUGGACGUCUCAAUCGAUGCCUCAAAGCUUACAACCUCCCCGUUACCUUGGCCGACCCCAGGAUAGCUAGUCUCCCAGCAGCUAAACUGUUGACUGUCGAACGCCUCCUGGAUAUCAUGCGUAUCGAUAAGAAGAACAGUGGUCCGGAGAAGAAGAUCGUUAUUCUCUCAAGGAUUGGCGCAACUUACGAGCCCAAAGCUACAGUUGUGCCUGAUUCUAUCAUUGCGAAGACGCUCUCUGAGGCUGCUAAAGUCAUCCCGGGUGUGCCUAGACAUCACCCCGUCAAGAUGGCCACUCCUGGUUCAAAGAGUAUCUCUAAUCGUGCUCUUGUUCUGGCCGCACUUGGAAAGGGCACAUGUAGGCUUAAGAAUCUGCUGCAUUCAGACGAUACACAGGUCAUGAUGGCCGCGCUAAACGAGCUCAAGGGCGCAAGCUUUGCAUGGGAAGACGCGGGAGAGACACUUGUCGUCAAGGGUGGCGAGGGUUCGCUAUCAGUUCCGCCCAAAGGAAAAGAGCUAUACCUAGGAAACGCCGGGACUGCUGCUCGUUUCUUAACGACAGUUUGCACACUUGUUCAGUCUUCGCCACAGGACAAUGCUGAGUACACAGUCAUUACGGGCAACGCAAGGAUGAAACAGCGUCCCAUUGGUCCGCUUGUAACUGCACUGCAAGCAAAUGGCAGCAAGAUCGACUUUUUGGAGUCUGAAGGGUGCUUACCGUUGGCAAUUGCACCACAAGGAUUGAAAGGGUCUCAGUUGCAGCUCGCAGCCAGCGUGUCGAGCCAAUAUGUUUCCUCCAUUCUCUUGUGUGCACCGUAUGCUGAAGAGCCCAUUACUUUGGAGCUUAUUGGUGGCCAGGUCAUUUCACAGCCAUACAUCGACAUGACAGUUGCCAUGAUGAAGACCUUUGGCGUUGACGUUGUUCGUCGCAAAGAUCCAGUUACUGGAAAGUUCCUGGAUGUCUACGAGAUCCCCAAGGCCGUGUACACAAAUCCCCCUGAAUACAACAUCGAGUCGGAUGCGAGCAGCGCUACAUACCCUUUGGCAAUUGCAGCUGUCACUGGCACUUCAUGCACUAUCCAGAAUAUCGGCUCUGCAUCCCUGCAAGGUGACGCGAAGUUCGCAAAGGAGGUCUUGGAGAAAAUGGGCUGUCAAGUCAGUCAGACUGCUACGGAAACAACUGUUCAAGGACCACCCAUUGGGCAAUUGAAGGCGAUUGAGGAGGUGGAUAUGGAAGUGAUGACAGACGCCUUUUUGACAGCCACUGCCCUGGCUGCCGUGGCCAAUGGGAAGACGAGGAUCAUUGGGAUUGCGAACCAGAGAGUCAAGGAAUGUAACAGGAUUCGUGCGAUGAUCGACGAACUAGCCAAGUUUGGUGUAGAGACCAUCGAGUUGGAUGACGGCCUUGAAAUUAUUGGUAAACCCAUAUCCGACUUAAAACGCGGAGUCAGCGUCCAUUGUUAUGACGACCACCGUGUGGCAAUGGCAUUCAGUGUUCUUAGCACUGUGGUUGAAGGUACAAUCAUUGAGGAAAAGAGAUGUGUUGAGAAAACAUGGCCCAACUGGUGGGAUGAUCUCGAGAACAAGAUCGGGUUGACUGUUCAAGGGGUCGACUUGGCAAGUGUCGCUUCUGAAGCUUCCGCAAGUGGGACUAUCAACCAUGAUUCUGCAGCCUCGAUUAUCUUGAUUGGCAUGCGGGGAACAGGCAAGACCUUCGUUGGAAAUCUGGCUGCAGCUACCCUUUCUUGGACAUGCUUAGAUGCAGACGCAUACUUCGAAACCAAACACGAGAUGGGUGUACGCGAAUUCGUUCACCAAAAGGGUUGGCAAGCUUUCAGAGACGCGGAAUUUGAGGUUCUCCGCGAGCUUAUCGCGGAAAAGUCACAAGGGCACGUUAUUAGCCUUGGUGGUGGUAUUGUCGAAACACCAGCUGCCAGGGAGCUUCUCAAAGAGUACGCUGCAACCAAGGGCCCUGUGGUUCACAUCGUACGGCCUAUCGAUGAGGUCAUCAGAUAUCUCAAUUCAGAGGCUUCUAGACCCGCGUAUGACGAGGCAAUCGUGGACGUUUUCCGUCGCCGUGAGCCCUGGUUUGGAGAAUGCUGUAGCCAUGACUUCUUCAACCGUUUUGGUGACUUGCCUUAUUCUUCGCCCAAAGCCACGAGCCGAGAAAUCGCACGGUUCUUCAACCACAUUACUGGGCAACGCCCUAAUCUCGCCCAGAACCUUACAUCAGGCCGGAGGUCGUAUUUUUUGUGCCUCACGUACCCAGAUGUGACGCAGUCAUUCCCUGUCAUCCAUGAAUUGACGCAGGGAGUGGAUGCGAUCGAACUUCGUGUAGACCUCCUCCGAGCUUCGAAGGAUUAUGACUCAAUCGAGUAUUCCAUUCCAACCCUGGCUUAUGUUUCCAGCCAGGUAGCAGCUCUUCGUCGUGUCACUUCCUUGCCGAUUGUCUUCACGGUCCGAACACAGUCUCAAGGCGGCUCUUUUCCUGAUGCUGCAGAGAAAGAAGCUGUAGAACUUCUCAAGCUUGCGCUUCGACUGGGUGUUGAAUACGUUGACGUUGAGAUCUCUCUCUCUGAAAAGAAGAUUAAAGAACUUGUUUCACUCAAAGGAUCCUCGCACAUGAUUGCGUCGUGGCAUGAUUGGAGUGGCAACAUGAUAUGGGAUGGACCCGUGGUGAAGGAAAAGUAUGAUGCUGCUGCCCGUUUCGGAGACAUUAUCAAGAUUGUCGGAAAGGCAAACUCCAUACAGGACAACUUUACCUUGUACAAUUUUGUCUCGAAAGUCAACAGCACUGCUGGCUCAAAACCGUUCAUCGCCAUCAACAUGGGACUUGAGGGUCAGAUGUCUCGUGUGCUCAACUCCACCCUCAGCCCUGUGUCACAUCCGCUACUCCCAAGCAAGGCUGCGCCUGGUCAACUGUCCUUCAAGCAGAUUCAAAACGCGCUUCAUCUCCUGGGUCUCCUUCCAGCACAACGUUUUUACCUGUUUGGGACACCCAUUGCUCAUUCGAUGUCCCCAACAUUGCACAACACAGGCUUCGAGAUUCUGGGACUACCACAUCAUUAUGAGCUGCUGGAGACCAAGGAGGUCGCCGAGGAGAUCAAGAUAGCAAUCGGUGAUUCCGCUUUUGGAGGUGCAUCCGUCACCAUUCCCUACAAGCUUGACGUCAUCCCUCUGCUUGACAAGCUAUCACCAGCAGCGGAGGCCAUAGGGGCCGUCAACACUAUCAUCCCGCGCACAACUGGAUCGGGUCGCAUGUUAGUUGGUGACAACACUGAUUGGCUAGGUAUCAAGGCUUGCAUCACCGAACAGCUGUCCUCAAAGCCCAUUCACGCAGCUCUGGUCAUCGGUGCUGGUGGGACUGCCCGAGCCGCUAUCUACGCACUGUCAGCCCUCAACGUUGGCGACAUCUACCUGUAUAACAGGACUACCAGCAAAGCCUAUGAGCUCGCUCAUGCGUUCCCUCAUGCACCUGUUCACGUUCUCGAGCAGCUUGGGCAGUGGCCUAACGGAGCCGUACCUCCGUGUGUCAUCGUUUCCACAGUCCCCGCGAGUGCAACAACGACGGAGGAAGAGACCAGUGGUAUCUUACUACCAAGCAAGUUAUUUGAUUAUCGCGACGGACCCGCAGUUGUCAUUGACAUGGCGUACAAACCUGCGGAGACUCCUUUGCUUAGACUAGCAAAGACAGCUGGAGACAAUUGGGCCACUGUGCCUGGGUUGGAGGUGUUGCUUGAGCAAGGGUAUGUUCAAUUUGAGAUGUGGACAGGUCGACGUUGCCCGAAGGAGUUGGUCGCAAAAUGGUUAGGGAGGCUUACAACAGAUCAUAAACAAUUUGUAUUCGAGGAAGAGUGUGAAUCAUAA